GCCCACAGCCUUUUUCAACCCCAGAAGAAGCUCCUAUUAACGCGGCACCGCCGGCCUUCCCACCGCUCGAAUAAAAUCCAGAGAAUUCGAAACGAAGAGUAAGGGAAACAAAAAAUGGAACCAGAAACAGCGCUAGGGCUUGUACAGAAUGGUGCUACCCUUCUGCUUCUCGACGUGCCUCAGUUCACCCUUAUUGGCAUUGAUACACUGAUGUUCUCUGUGGGUCCAGUUUUUAAGGGUAUUAAGAUGAUUCCUCCUGGUCCUCAUUUUGUAUAUUACAGUUCAUCGAACAGAGAUGGCAGCAAGUUCUCACCAAUUGUCGGUUUCUUUAUUGAUACCUGUCCCUCAGAGGUAAUUGUUCGUAAAUGGGAUCAACAAGAUGAACGAUUAGUGAAACUUUCAGAGGAAGAGGAAGAGAGAUAUUGCCAAUCAGUAAAAAGUUUGGAGUUCGACAGAGAACUCGGUCCUUAUACACUAAGUCAGUAUGGAGAUUGGAAGCGGCUAUCAAACUACAUUACAAAGACUACCAUUGAACGAAUUGAGCCCAUUGGAGGAGAAAUUACAGUUGCACAUGAAUCAGGGAUGGUCGGAAACACUCCUAAAACAUCAAUGGAAAAAGCUCUAGAUCAGCAGUUAAGGAAUAGUAAAUUUUCUAAGUCUGCCAACAAAUCUCAAAAGAGAGGAUGCUAUUACACAUCAAUUCCCCGUGUUAUAAAGCGCAAAGGAAUCCAUGGACAAGAAUUAACGUCUUUGAAUCUUGACAAGACACAGUUAUUAGAAAGCAUACUGAUGAAGGAUUAUGGAGGUUCUGAAGACCUACUUCUUGGAGAGCUACAAUUUGCUUUUAUUGCAUUUUUGAUGGGGCAAUCACUUGAAGGAUUUCUUCAGUGGAAAUCUUUAGUUAGCCUUUUAUUUGGCUGCAAUGAAGCUCCUUUUCAUACAAGGAGUCUGCUGUUUACAAAGUUUAUUAGAGUUAUCUACUAUCAGCUGAAGUUUGGAUUUCAAAAAGACCAGACUGGUUCUAGUAAUGUGGAGAAGGAAUCAUCAUUAUUGUUGGAUGAGUCGUGGUUAUCUGCUGAUAGCUUUUUGCACCACUUAUGCAAGGAUUUCUUUUCAUUGGUGCAAGAAGCCUCGGUUGUUGAUGGAGAUCUACUGUCCUGGACAAGGAAACUCAGAGACUUGCUUGAGAACACACUGGGAUGGGACUUUCAGCAGACCAGCACAGUAGAUGGACUGUAUUGUGAAGAAGAUGAGUUUGCUCCUGUUGUUGAGAUGUUGGAGGACCCAAGUGAGCAAUGAGGCUACAGCUUCUUAGAUAUGGACACGUGAAAUCCAUAAAUAAUGAGUAUGACAAAAACCUGAGAAGACAGCAUCUAGGGCAUGCGAAUGAUAUCCUGUUCUAGCGUCUUUAAGAGGUGACUGAUUAAUCAAACAUAACAUGUGACAGCUUCCUCAGUCUAUACAAAAUCCUCACCUCUUUCAUUUUGUAAAGCCAUAGAUUUAUUAGCAGUGCAGAUAAUUUUAAAAUAUGUCUGGAUCAAUAAUGUGGAGUUUAAGGGAAUCGAGACUUUUGCUUGUUUCA